GGACCAUCGCUAAAUGUUGUGAGGGGCGGGGCGCGAACGGAGGGAGGGCUGACUUCGAGAAAGAGACCGCGAUAGUCCGCGGUGCCACGUCUGGGAGAGAUGGUUCGCCUCGUACUGUUACUCGCGCUAUGUACUCUAGCUGUGGCUAGCAUCUACCGAAGGCCUUAUCAUCAACCACAUCAUCAUGUAAUGUCAGUAUCGCUCUCGCGUCAACCAACACUUCGUGAACGAUUGUUGAGCGCUGGAAGUUGGGAAGAUUAUCAGAAACAACGCUACCAUUAUCAGAAAAAACUUCUUGCAAAAUAUGCAGCUAAUAAAGCGUCAAAAUUACAAUCAACAAAUGAGAUCGAUGAACUGCUACGAAAUUACAUGGAUGCACAGUACUAUGGCGUCAUUCAAAUUGGAACUCCCGCUCAGAACUUCACUGUGAUUUUCGAUACAGGCUCAUCCAAUCUCUGGGUACCAUCAAGAAAAUGCCCCUUCUAUGACAUUGCCUGUAUGCUUCAUCACCGCUACGACUCUGGCGCAUCUUCCACCUACAAAGAAGACGGACGAAAGAUGGCCAUUCAGUACGGAACCGGUUCAAUGAAAGGUUUCAUUUCUAAGGACAAUGUCUGCAUUGCCGGAAUCUGUGCUUCUGAACAGCCGUUUGCUGAGGCAACAAGUGAACCAGGCCUUACUUUUAUUGCAGCGAAGUUUGAUGGAAUUCUUGGCAUGGCCUUCCCAGAAAUCGCUGUUCUUGGAGUUACCCCAGUGUUCCAUACCUUCGUUGAACAGAAAAAGGUAGCUAGCCCAGUUUUUGCAUUCUGGCUGAACAGAAAUCCCGAAUCAGAACUUGGAGGCGAAAUCACCCUUGGAGGAAUGGAUACUCGCCGAUAUGUUGAACCAAUCACAUGGACCUCUGUAACCCGCCGUGGAUACUGGCAAUUCAAAAUGGACUCGGUCCAAGGUGGCUCCUCAUCAAUCGCAUGCUCUAAUGGUUGCCAAGCUAUUGCUGACACUGGCACUUCUCUUAUCGCUGGACCAAGGGCUCAAGUUGAAGCCAUUCAGAAGUUUAUCGGAGCUGAGCCACUUAUGAAGGGAGAGUACAUGAUCCCAUGCGACAAAGUUCCAUCGCUGCCUGAGUUGGCUUUCGUCAUCGAGGGAAAAACUUUCACAAUGAAGGGCGAGGACUACGUCUUGACCGUCAAAGCCGGAGGCAAAUCCAUCUGUUUGUCUGGCUUCAUGGGAAUGGAUCUCCCGGAAAAACUCGGAGAACUCUGGAUCCUCGGAGAUGUAUUCAUUGGAAAAUAUUACACUGUCUUUGACGUUGGUCAGGCUCGUGUUGGCUUUGCUCAGGCAAAAUCUGAAGAUGGCUACCCUGUAGGUACCCCUGUUCGCAGGUUGUACCAGUACCUGGACAACAGCGAAAGCGAUGAAGAUGAUGUGUUCACUCUCUAAUUAACAAUGUAUUCACAUACCUGCUAUAAUUCUGAUACGUGUAAAACUCGUCACGUGUUUGCCGCAUUUGAUAAAAUAAACUUUUCGAAUUUCCUUGCGAGCACAUCU